GAACCAAACUCAGAAGCACAGACGGGCUCUCCUGGUGUGAGUGUCCUGCUUACGGACACUGAAAUAAUCAUAAACUACUUUCUUGUCCACGAAUUAGAUUAAAAUACCCGGACAUGGAUUCUGGAGUCGUCUUUCUGAUUUUCACUUGUUUUUCGGUAGUGGGGAGUGAAAUACACACUCUGGAAUACAUCUACACUGCCCUGUCGAAGCCUGUGGAGGUUCCUGGUGUGUAUGAGUUCACCGCCAUGGGGAUUCUGGAUAACGAACAGAUUGACUACUACAACAGCAAGGACAAAACCAAGAUUCCCAGGCAGACAUGGAUGUCUGAGAGACUGGAUGAUAAUUACUGGGAUAAAGGCACUUCAUCUCGCAAGAGCAAGGAGCAGUGGUUCAAAGUCAAUGUUGAGAUUUUGAUGAACCGAAUGAACCACAAUUACAGUGGUCUCCAUGUCCUGCAGUGGAGGCAUGGCUGUCAGGGGGAACCUCAGCCUGAUGGCACACUGGCCUUUCGCGAUGGUUUUGAUCAGUAUAGCUAUGAUGGUGGGGACUUCCUCUCCUUUGAUCCGGGACAUUUGCAAUGGGUCGCCCCAGUUUCACAAGCUGUGCCCACCAAAAUGAAAUGGGACCACUCACAAACCCUCAACCAGUACACAGAGGGAUACCUAAAGAGGGAGUGCAUGGACUGGCUAAGUAAAUUCAUGGGCUAUGGAGAAAAGGACCUGAAAAAUCAAUCUGCUCCCGGGGUUUAUUCACGUGCUAAAACCACUAAAACCCCCGGCAAAGUGAUUCUUCACUGCCUGGCCACUGGAUUGCACACCAGAGAUGUGGAAGUCGACAUCUACAGGAAUGACGACCACAUGACUGAAGCUGACGGGGUGACUUCAACAGGGAUCAGACCCAGUGAAUUCAGUGCUGACGGGACGAUAGCAAAGACGUACCAGCUGAAGAAGUCGAUUGAGAUACUCAAGUCUGACUUGGAUAUAUAUCGUUACAAAGUAACAUACAGGGGAGAUGUUACCGCUGCUGGCAAAUGGGAACCUGAAUCGGACCAGGUAACUAUGAUUGCCAUUGUUGUUGCCUUGGUGUUACUCAUCUGCUGCAUUGUGGCCAUUGUUGCUGUGUUCCUGGUUCUAAGAUAUAAAAAGAAAGUGACCUCCAGUAGAAGCUCCACCACUACGGACAAAGAGUUGGAAACACAGCCGCUGGAAAAUGGGGAGCCCAAUGGGACCUGCAUUCCUGAAGCAGAAAACCUGAUGCAUCCAAAUGGGGAGCCCAAUGGGACCAGCAUUCCUGAGGCAGAAAAACUGAUGCAACCAAAUGGGAAAUCCAAAGGAAGCUCCCCUUCUGGCAGCAUUGAUUCAGGACGCUUUUCCAGCAAACUAGGGGACACCCCUCCUGACAGCAGUGAUUCAAGUACCCAGUCGCUGAAUGCAGGAGGCUCUAAUGGAAGCUCCUCUCCUCGUUCAAAUACUCCUUUGCUAAAUGGAGACGAAUCAAGUGGAAGCUCCACCUCUGGCAGUCAGAGAGAUUGAAUCAAAAUAAUGGCCAUUAGGAAGUGUAAUGUGAUGUGAUUUCCUGCUGGGUGCCACUGUGGAUUUUGUGUUCUCCAAUACAUCUUUUCAUUUUGGUCUAUUUUUUCCCAUAUUGUUUUUUCCCAUAUGUUAUUGUCAGUCAAAUUUGAUGUUAACCAAUGAGAAAUGUGAAUGUAAUAAGCAUAAAUCACCACUGAAAUGAUUGUGAAGAGUUUGAAAUAAUUUUGUUUAUCCCAUAUGUGUACCUUUUCUUUUGGGGGUUUCUGAAACUUGACAUCAUCAGAGCCUUUUUAUGUAAUAUAUUCAAUAUAUUUCACUCAGUAGAGAAUUACUGAUUGAUUGAUUGUUUGUCCAACUAACCUUUUAGAAAUAAACAAAAUAUGCUUAGCUAUACUAAGUAUAUAAUUUUAAUUAAGAGUACCUUGCAUAUGUAUUUAACAAUAUUAAGUUUGUGAAAUUCUUACAUUUACUUGUAGUAUAAUAUUGACUGUAAUAAUAAUACAAUAUUAUACAUUUGUUAUGAUUAGAUAUAGAAGUAAACACUCAGGUGAGUGAUAUUAUAGAAAAAUCAUUUUACUACAAAGUAACAUACACUGUUUUUAAUUUAAAGGCUAAUGAUAUUAGUUUCUUCGUUAAACUGUCACAACAUUAAAUAUCGUUUCUCUGUUUUUGUAGCCAUUUUAAGCUUUAUUUUAUGAGCUGUUUCCAAAGAGUUAAAUAAAUCACAUAAUUUGUUUGUGA